CUCUCUCCUCAAACACCUAGUAAAAAAGCUCUAAGUAUCCCCUCUCUCUCUCUCUCUCUCUGUCCACAUUAUUAUAGUCUCUCUCUUUCUCUCUGUCUACUCUCUCUACCUUUCUUCAUUCGGUAUGGUAAAAAUCUGCUGAUUUUCCCUCAUUUUCUGAGAUGUUGCAGGCUCUAACUGCGAUCGGUAAGAUGUGGAGUACGAAACAGAUUUGAAGAUGAUAUCUUAAUUCUGAUUUCUGUACAGUUGAAGUUUGGUGGGUGUUUUCGAUUGCGGAAACCCUAGCUGUUCGGAUUUAGUAUGAACAGUUGUGUGGUUUGAAAAGGGGAAGCGAUUCAACGGUGUGUUUUUAAUGAUUAUAGUUUCCGGUUUGGGUGAAGUAAGUGCUGUUUGAUUUUUGAUCUGAAAAUAUCCAAAGAUAGGAAGAAUAAUGAUAGUAAACUAGUUUCUUUAAUACUUUGGUUUUGGAAAAGCGAAUGAACGAAUGAACUGGUUAGAUGGAUAGAUAGAUUUGUGCUUGGGAAAAGCAAAUAAUUUUUUUUUCUAUAACUCACUCUUUUUAUUACCUUUACAUCUCUACUGUGAAAGUGAAAAUGACAUUUCCACGUCAUGUGGGGAACGAUCCUCAUCGACUCCGCUUGCCCUUUUUCGCAUUUUAAUUGGGGACAUCAUUAUUUUCAUGCAACUUUAAUUUACUAUUAUCAUGCCGGGAGAAAAGAAACGAUGUUUCUUCUUGUUUCAUUUACUAACAUUGAUUGAUGACCUUUUUAAUGAAAUUGCCUUUUUUGUUUGGAACAAAAGCUAUACGGUUUGCAAGAAUGAGCGAUUUUUAGAUAGAUUAGAAAACAAGAAUAUCUAUAAAUAAUGAGUUAUUUGUAACGAAAAGUCAUUCAUAGUAAUAGUAUCAUCAUCUGUAUAGUUGAAAAAGUUGUUUUGUAGCUAGAUUCCAGGGACAAAGAUCCAAAUUGUGUGGGCUCUCUGUAACUGAAUGAACAUCUAUAAAUCACUACUACUGUUGGGGUCCUCUUUACUGUGUACUUGGCAUAUGCUGUCUGUAUGGCAAAAAGUUUUCUUCCAUGUAUUUCAAUUAUUGGGCUUGAGUCAAGACUUUGAGGGAUUCAUAAUUGAAUUUAAAUGUUUUAAUUGUUUUGCAGAUAUAAAAGGUAUUUGCAUUCCAUGAAAUAUUCAGAGGGCCAAGUGAAAACAGAGGAAUUAGUUUCCAGACAUGGAGUGGAAUACAAAGUGGGACUGGGAAAACCAUGAAAUAUUCAGCUCAAAAGUUAUGGCAAGCCCUAAAAAGCUACACACCAACUACGAAGAGGAUGUGGAUGGAUCUUUUAAUCUUUCCGGUGUUGUUGGUGGCAGCGGAGGCUCCGCCUCUGACAUGGGGAACAGCUCCAUAUCGGCUUCAACCGAAUCAUCAUUCAAGGACGGAAAUGGAAACGGAAACGGAAUCGGAAUCAGAGUUUCCAAAUUCCCAUUCCAGGGUUUCGCAGGCUUUCCCAACUCUUCGAAGAAAGAAUUUGAGUCGCCUCCGCCAUCAGUUAGCUCUGGCGAACCCUUCAUCGGUUUAAAACUCGGGAAAAGGACAUACUUUGAGAACAACAACUCAAAAACAUCAUCUUUCUCUGAUAUACCUAUUUCAUCGGUUUCUACAGUCAAGAAAGUCAAAUCAUCAUCAUCAUCAUAUUCCCAAGCGACCCCUACCCCACGCUGUCAGGUUGAAGGAUGCAAUCUUGAUCUCUCAUCUGCCAAAGAAUAUCAUCGGAAACAUCGAGUUUGUGAAAGUCAUUCCAAAUCUCCCAAAGUUGUAGUCGGUACCCUUGAACGCCGCUUUUGCCAACAGUGUAGCAGAUUUCAUGGUUUGUCGGAAUUCGAUGAGAGGAAGCGAAGCUGUCGCAGGCGUCUUUCCGAUCACAAUGCAAGGCGCAGGAAACCACAGCAGGAGACCAUUCAAUUCAAUUCAACAAACAUGUCUUCAUCAUUUUAUGGUGGGAGACAAAAUUUGAGUUUCGUUUUAAACAAUGGUGGGCCUCUGGUUCAAAGUAGACCGCCUGCUGUAAGUUCAACAUGGGAAAAUUCAUCUGUCAACAUGCCUACUACUAUUGGUUUCAAUAGGUCCGUGCCAUUGAAAGCCACCAGAGUCGAGGCUCUUGAUCAAGGUUUUAAGGAGUCAUUGAGUCCUCCAAAUGUAGACGCGCUCGAUAUUCGUCGUGCUCUCUCUCUUCUGUCAAACAACACGUGGGGUGUAUACGAGUCGGAUUUAGCUGCGGUGGAGCAGCAUCACAAUCACACGCACAUGGGCACCGGCAAUCCAAUCCAACAUGGGAUGCAGUCUGUUCCCCAACUGCCACCGGAGGAGGAAUACUGGCGGCAGCCUGAGCCGCCCAUUGAUGCCGCCGCCAAAACAAGCAAUUCCAUUUCCACCACUCAAUUCCAAGACUUUCAGCUUUUUAAUCGCUUCUAUUCCAAUCCAAUUCCAAUGGAUGAAAUCUAUGAUGAUUCUUCCAUAUCCAAAUUUAAACUUGUUUAGGUGCUCUGCUCAUUCUUAGGGCUUCCCAUGCCUUGCCCUGCCCUUAUUAAUAACAAAGUCAGCAGGGGUGGGGUUCCGUACAACUGUCUAUUCACAUAUGUUUUGCUUGUAUUCAUUUUGCAUUUCUUGACACGUGUAGUGUAGUAUAAUGUUGAUGUAUGGGAUUUUACUUGCUGCUAUUAUAUCCAUCCAUGGUUAUUGUUUGGAGUUUUUUUAGUUCUGUGGGUGGGGGCCACUUACCGACUGUACCUAUGGUGUAUGUUAUCAUAUGUUAUAUAUGUACAUCGUCAUAAAUACAUGGCUCCAAG